CUUGUCCUGCUUGACAGUUAACACACUUUUUUUUUUCCCCCCAAUUGUUCUCCUACUUUUGCUGCAGUGCACGCCCAAAGGAAUUUAAAAUUCGGAGGAAAAAAUAAUCCUAUUUUCAAACACAUACUGCUAGUAGUAGGCUAGUAGCUGGAUCCACCAUAGCUAGUACAGCUCCUCCCCGCCUCUCUCUCUCUCUGUCUCACUCUCAGAAUUAUCCUCAUCCAGAGCUCUGAUUUCCCUAAAAUGCAGGGUUUUACACUUCCUCUUGUCCAAGUUGAAUGUGAAUUGGGAGCCGCUAUGAUGUUCUGGGUUUCGAGAAACACUCCUAAAAGUUUCUGCCAUUGUUGGGUCGUCUGAAGAUUUCAGGGUUCGAGUGACAAAUCACUUUUGUCUGCGUAACUAACAGGCUUUAUGGUAAAUCCUGGAGAAUCAAUGAAUUGCUGCAAAGAUUCUGUAGAAUUUGAGUGAUCUCGUGAUCCUUGAGAGCUUCUUGUACAAGGAUUCCAAAAGGGGGGAAAAAAAGAGUUGCAACGGUUGAAACCUUCAAAGCUGCUUUAUACUCUCUGCUAGGGGAAUAUAUUUCUCUAUCCAGUAUCCUUUGUUUCCAUAUAUAAGUCAGAUAUAUACGUGACACCAACUAAGGAUUUGCUUGACUGAACUAAGAGUGAUCUUGAGCGUUACUGGCAGGAUUGAUUGCUAUAACUUUUCCAAAUUUCGGUUAUUAUCUCUUCUGAAUCUGGGUAUUAAGUGGUAAUAUAUUGUUUGGGGUAUUUUACUUAGGGUUUUACGAGAGCAUAAUCAAGUGAUAUCAAGCUGAAUCCCAUCAUUUCAAAGCAUCGAUGGGGCUUCUUCGAAGUCUCGCGAUGCCUUUUCUUCUGAUAUUGUUAUCCUGGUUGCCGGAAAUUAGGUCUCAGUCGAAUAAUCGUGCUGAGGACCUUGGUCCACUUCUCCAAGACUACGCCUUCAGGGCUUUUGUGCGCCCUAAGACCGGUGUUCCCUAUGAUGGGGUUGCUCCCUCAAAUUUAACUGGAAUUAAGGUUGCAGUAAUGAGACUCAGGAGUGGAAGCUUGAAAAGAAGAGGUGUUCUGAUGUAUAAGGAAUUUGAAAUCCCCCCUGGAGUUAUGGAGAGCCAAUAUGUGAAACGGCUUGUUUUGGUAUACCAUAAUUUGGGUAAUUGGUCGACGAUAUAUUAUCCAUUAACCGGUUAUAGUUACCUGACUCCAGUGCUCGGUCUGGUUGCUUACAGUGCCACAAAUUUGUCGGCUACAAAUUUACCGGAAUUGGAAAUUAGGGCAACUGGUGAUCCCAUAAAGAUCAAAUUCCCGGAAGUGAGAUCAGCCCCUGAUGGAUUGGUUGCACGGUGUGUUUGGUAUGAUAGACAUGGCUUGGCCAAUUUUUCCAGUGUGUUAUCAGGCAAUGCAUGUUCAACGACUCAACAGGGGCACUUUGCUAUAGUUGUGGAGUCUGUUGCUCCGCCUCCAGCUCCUAUUCCCCCUUCUGGUGGAGGUCCAGCGCCAAGUGGAGAAGGGAAAAAGAAAAAGACUAAUUCGAGAAUCUGGAUCAUUGUUGGUUCAGUGCUUGGGGGAUUAGCAUUGUUAUUGUUGUUGGCAUUCCUGUUAUUGUGGAUGCGGAAAUACAAGCACAAGAGGAGAAUGCAAAAGAUGGAGAAUGCUGCAGAGGUGGGAGAAACCCUGCGGAUGACCACAAUUGGGGAUACCAAAGCACCAUCAGCAAUGCUGACUCGAACGCAACCCACCCUUGAGAGUGAAUAUGUGCUCUAACUCCCACCUUUUAUACAUGCUUUGUCUAGUGGUCCUUUGGCAUUCCUAUUCAGGUUCAAUUCCCGUAUUCAGAAAUUCUCAAAUUCAAAUCCCUUUAGUGGGGUCUCUCUUCUCCUCUCAUUGUUUGGUCUGUGGUAGGCUCUUGAUUGAAGUGUGGGCAAUAUAGGAUUUUUGUGUAAAUCUAUUAUAUUACUCACGAACAGUCUAUAGGUUUAUGAUUCAUUGUGGCGUGCAGUUGGCCUAAAGUGAUUCUAUAUGUGAUGAAUUUGGUUGUUCAAUUGAAGAUGAAUAAAACCUUUAUUUUCCCAUAA